GAACCGACACACAGAGCCUACAGCCAUACCACUGAAAUGGCGCCCAAGUCGGCGAGAGUUUCCCGUAAUCCGGAGUUUAUUCCCGGAGUUCGAAAAAUCUCCCGUUCAAAGAUGUACCACAAGCGCGGCCUUUGGGCUAUCAACGCCAAAAACGGCGGAAAAUUUCCCCAUCACGACAAGGCUCCCGCCGCCACCCCGGUGGUAGAGAAGCCGCCCAAGUUUUAUCCGGCUGAUGACAUAAAGAAGCCGCUCUCCAACAAGCAGAAGCCCAAGCCUACCAAGCUUAGGGCCAGCAUUAUCCCAGGAACAGUCUUAAUACUAUUGGCAGGGAGGUUUAAGGGGAAGAGAGUUGUUUUCUUGAAGCAGCUGCCAUCUGGAUUGCUUCUUGUCACUGGUCCGUACAAGAUCAAUGGUGUUCCCCUAAGCCGUGUCAACCAGGCCUAUGUUAUUGGAACAUCAACAAAAGUUGACAUUUCUGGUGUGAAUGUGGAGAAGUUUGAUGAUAAGUACUUCGCCAAGCAGGUUGAGAAGAAAAAGAAGAAGGGGGAGAGUGAAUUCUUCGAGGCAGAGAAACAGGACAAAAAUACACUCCCGACAGAGAAGAAAGAUGAUCAAAAGGCUGUUGAUGGACUUUUAUUGAAGGCUAUUGAGGCUGUUGCAGACCUCAAGGCCUAUUUGAUGUUUUAG